AGCGCGCAGUUCUACAAAGUUACCACAGAGCAAUACCAGAAAGCUGCCGAUGAAGUGUCUGCUCGGUUCAAGCGAUAUGAAUCUCAUCCAGUCUGCGCUGACCUGCAGGGUAAAAUCCUGCAGUGUUAUCAGCAGCAUGCUCAGGAGACCCUUCGCUGCUCUGCGCUGGCAAGCCAAUACCUGCACUGUGUCAAUCAUGCCAAACAGAGCAUGCUUGGGAGAGGAGGAUAAAGCCAUUGCCCAAAUCAAGCACAAGACCAUCAACUCUAAUUUCAGCAGAAGAGCAUUUUUUCCCAAGAAUGAUAUGACAGCCCAUUUACAGGGCAGACCAAUAAAGAGAAGAACUGGAAGAGCCAUUUCAAGAGCAGCAGCCAUCACAGCUCAAUCAGUGUGACCAUUUGAAAAGCCAAGACCUGUAUCUUAUUACAUCAGAAAUCGUACAUCCGAAGAUACCGUUCAGUCGUAGGAAAAUCCACUUAUUGGUGAUUGAAGGAAGAAAAAGAAAAGAACCUUUCACUGACCUUAGAAAGGGGAAAUAUCCUCCAAAUGCUGCUAUUUCAUUGUAGAAUCUCUUCAACAACUUCUCGCUGUCAAACGCACGUGUAACACUUGGCGUGCCAGGACAUGGCAAUACUUGGUGAGCGAGUCAACUGCUGCCCUAUACUGUACAGCCUGUGUUCAUUGCUCUUAUUAAAGCUUUCCGUUCAAUGUAUAAUGAGGUACAUUUUGCUUUAAUUUAUUUCACAAAUAAUGUAACGUAAUUAAGUCUCUCUUUAAGCCUUCUGCUGGAAUGGUGUUAGUGCUCCGACACUUAAGACGUAACAUGGCCUUUACUUACUUGAAAUAAUUCGGUUGUGCUCCUUACUCCUAUCAAGUACUGACAAAUAUGCCUCACUCUGUACCAACAAUAAAUAUAUUUUGUGAACAAGA